AUGUCCAUCACAGCAAAAAAUGAAGAAAGUUUUGUUAUUGAUUUCUUAAUGGGUGGGAUAUCUGCUGCAAUUGCUAAAACCGGGGCAGCACCUAUCGAAAGAGUUAAACUAUUAAUACAAAAUCAAGAUGAAAUGUUGAAACAAGGAUCUCUUGACUCAAAAUAUAAAGGAAUCAUUGAUUGUUUUACAAGAACAGCGAAAAAUGAAGGAAUUAUAUCUUUUUGGAGGGGAAACACUGCAAAUGUUUUAAGAUAUUUUCCCACACAAGCUCUAAAUUUUGCUUUUAAAGAUAAAAUUAAAUCAAAGUUUGGUUACAAAAAAGAAGUGGAUGGUUACAAGAAAUGGUUUUUAGGAAAUAUUGCUUCCGGCGGGUUGGCUGGUGCUUUAUCUCUACUUUUCGUCUAUUCAUUAGAUUAUGCAAGGACUCGACUAGCAGCUGAUGCAAGGGCACACAAACCUGGAUCUGUAAACAAUGGAACACAAAGACAGUUCCAUGGUAUUUUAGACGUUUAUCAAAAGACUUUAAAAACAGAUGGUCUUUUAGGAUUAUAUAGGGGUUUUGCACCAAGUGUUGUUGGGAUUAUAGUCUACCGAGGCCUUUACUUCGGUCUAUAUGAUUCAUGUAAACCUAUUUUAUUAACAGGUCAUUUGAAAAAUUCAUUCUUAGCAUCUUUUUUACUUGGUUGGUGUAUUACUAUUGGGGCUUCCACUUGCUCCUAUCCAUUGGACACAGUAAGAAGGAGAAUGAUGAUGACAUCUGGCCAAGCAGUAAAAUAUAAUAAUGCAAGACACUGUAUGCAACAAAUAAUUACUAAUGAAGGAGUAUUGUCGUUAUUUAAAGGUUGUGGUGCGAAUAUUUUCAGGGGUGUCGCAGCUGCUGGGGUCAUAUCAUUAUAUGAUCAGUUACAAAUGGUUUUAUUUGGGAAGAAAUUCAAAUAA